AUCGAGGGUGAGUCGACGCCAAGGAACCCGAGGAAGUUUUGACCGAAGGAUGAGCUCAAGGAUACAUAAAACUUGGGCUCGGGUUCAUGGAUAUCAGGGUCAUACGUAAAUUACACACAUCGAUAUAUGAUGUAUAAGAAAAUUUAUAUCGAAACAAGUUUUUCGUACUCCAAAUAUAUUUUGUGACAUUCCCAGAAUCCUCAAUCUUUUUUUAGAAAAAGGAAAUUAGGCUGGGAAUGAGUCGAGCUUUUCUCUUUCUCAUCGCGGAUAUAAUUGGCCGUAUUAUCAUCGCGGACCACUAACCUAUCCAAUUUCCCCCUCGUCGCUGGGGCAUCCGUCUCUCUCUCUCUCUCUCCCCUUUUUUCUUCGAGGUCCUUCUUCUCUCUCUGUAUCCCUGGUUUCGAACCCUAGAAUUUCUCUCCGAUCAAUAAGUUAAGUGGAUUUACGUAAAUUAAAAUCAGAGUCCCCGAAAAUGCAGAAUCAGAGACUGAAGCAACAGCAACAACAACAGCAGGCCUUGAUGCAGCAGGCUUUUCUUCAGCAACAGUCGCUUUAUCACCCUGGCCUCUUGGCUGCUCCUCAGAUUGAGCCAAUCCCGAGUGGAAAUCUGCCUCCUGGGUUUGAUCCAAGUACAUGCCGCAGUGUGUAUGUUGGAAACAUUCACACGCAGGUAACUGAGCCACUUCUUCAAGAAGUUUUUGCAAGCACUGGUCCUGUGGAAAGCUGUAAGCUUGUUAGAAAAGAAAAGUCAUGCUAUGGGUUUAUCCAUUAUUUUGAUCGUAGAUCAGCUGGACUUGCGAUACUAUCUCUUAAUGGAAGACAUCUGUUUGGGCUGCCUAUUAAAGUUAACUGGGCAUAUGCUAGUGGUCAGAGGGAGGACACAUCAAGUCACUACAAUAUUUUUGUUGGUGAUCUCAGUCCUGAGGUUACUGAUGCCAUGUUGUUCACAUGCUUUUCUGUUUACCCAAGUUGUUCUGAUGCAAGGGUUAUGUGGGACCAGAAGACUGGACGCUCUAGGGGAUAUGGGUUUGUCUCCUUCCGGAGUCAGCAGGAUGCCCAAAGUGCAAUCAAUGAUCUAACUGGAAAAUGGCUGGGCAGUAGGCAGAUGCGCUGUAACUGGUCCGCAAAAGGUGCUGGUGCCAGUGAUGACAUGCAGAAUGCCGAUUCUAAAAGUGUCGUGGAACUGACAAAUGGCUCCUCCGAUGUUAAAGAGGCAGCAAAUAGUGAUGCUCCCGAGAAUAACCCUCUGUACACAACUGUGUAUGUCGGUAAUCUUGCUCCAGAGGUAACCCAGGUUGAUCUCCAUCGCCACUUCCAUGCCCUUGGUGCUGGAGCAAUUGAGGAAGUUCGCAUUCAGCGUGAUAAAGGGUUUGGUUUUGUAAGAUACAGUACCCAUGAGGAGGCUGCAAUGGCUAUUUCAAUGGGAAAUACAUUUCUCUGUGGAAAACAAAUUAAGUGUUCAUGGGGUAACAAGCCAACUCCACCUGGGUCAAGCUCAAACCCUCUCGCGCCUCCUGCCCCUGGACCCUCGCCAGGCAUUUCAGCAACUGACCUUUUGGCUUAUGAACGGCAACUCGGUUUGAGCAAGAUGAGUGGUGUUCAUGCCCUCAUGCAACCCCAUGGGAAGCAAGCAUCCAUGGGAAUGGGUGCUGCUGCAAGCCAGGCUAUAUAUGAUGGUGGUUUCCAGAAUGUAGCUGCCACCCAGCAUCUCAUGUAUUACCAGUGAUUUCAGACACCGAGUCAUACUUGAGCUCCUCCUUUAGUUUGUAUGAUUUAUGUAAUGCUUCUGUAUUGCAACAGUUUUUCAACUUUUUGUAUUGAUACGUGUUAUGUAUGUUUUUUCAUAAAUGAUUUUAUUAUUGAGGAAAAUUGGUCUCCAUCGUGCUUUA